AUGUAUCGUCGCCAAUGUGUCUGCAAAAGACGAAGACUACCGAGGAAGAACAGCAGAGUUAAAGACAACGCGAAUAACAUACAAUCCAAUUUCUCACCAAGAUAAUGGAAGUUAUGCCCCUUCUGUUUUGCCUUUUUGCUGUUGUCGCGGCAAAGCCGUCUAUCAGCAACGAAGUUACAACCGAAAGCGACUUGGCACCGGGAAAAAUCUGGGGACCAGUAAUUACUCAUGCAGGAAAAAUGACUGUCACCAAAGACGGUCUUCUUCAUAAGUACAAAUACUCCAGCAAGGGUAGAAAAGAUAUGCUUUCGGAUUUCAUACUUACUAGUGAAAUCUUCCAAAAUAUAACCGCGAUGCAUAAACAUAUGAAAGCCGUCCUUAAAGAAGACGAUCUCCUUCUCAGUACCGAUCCCGAAGCCUUAGAGGGAAAAUACCUAGAAAUCCUAACCAUCAAACAAAUUUCUUUCGAGAAAGUCAAGCUCGUGUGUCAUAGCUACAAACAAACGCCUGCAUUUUGCCACAAGUUGACCAACACGCACCACGCAACUCGAUUGCUGUACAGCAUGGUGAGGGAAACAGAAUCUGGAUACGUUUUUCCUUGUUUGUUUUUUAGCCACCAAGGUUGCAGUGAUCAACCGGGUGAUUGCUUCUGGGUGACGCACAUCAAUGAAGUCGCGAUCGUCGACAAAGAUGUGGUGCUGAAUUGUUGAACAGUUUAACUUAACGAGCUGAACAUAUGAUUUUUUUAUCUUUUUGUAUUCGUCUUGUUUUCGUGUUUUCUGGGGAAUUGUUAAGUAAAUCAAAGAAAAAUGCAUUGAUUGGUGAUGUGUGUAAAAACAUUUAAUAAAUUUUAUGGGGUAUUUUACAUUGAAUAUAAAUAGUUUUCUUUGUC